ACAUGUAAUUAGGCAAAGUGGUCGUCUGUAAAAGUAAAGGAGGCAAAGUGGACGAGAGUUGUUCAGGCCUGAACAAUGUCGUCGGAGAAGGUUCUUUAUCAAUUGUAUCAACCUCAUGGUACUGGUACCGUGUACAUUUCUUGGCGUCCUGGCAACAGUACUCAUUUAGCAACAACUGGAUAUGAUUCCUCGGUCGCUAUUUUCGAUAGACAAGGCGAUUUACAGGAACGAAUUCAAAUUUCUGGUUUAUGCACUGGGUUUGGUUGGGAUUCCGAUGGAGAUCUGAUGGCUGUCAUAUCAGAAAAUUCAUCUGCCAUCAUUUUAUGGGAUGCAACGACAGGAAAGAAAUCGCAGAUAGAUGCAGGUGUAAGAGAUGGAUUGACAUGCCUGAUAUGGGCAAAGAGGACUUGUUUGUUAGCAGUUGGGACACAGAAGGGAAAUUUGAUACUUUACGAUCAUAUAAAUGCUAGGAGAGUACCGAUCUUGGGAAAACAUAAGAAAAAGAUAACUUGUGGUGCUUGGUCCUACGAGGGACUUCUUGCUUUGACAAGCGAAGAUAAAGUCUUGACUAUUAGCACAAGCGAUGGAGAUACGAAACGGGAGAUACCUCUUCAAGGUGACGCGUCUGAUAUUCAAUUUAACGAGAUGAAGAUGGACCAUAGAGUCGGUGGUGAAAAUACAGUAUCGCUAAUCAUCAGUAAAACUACUUUGUUCUUGUACAACAUUCUGGAUCCAGAGAAUCCGAUUGAAUUAGCUUUUCAAAAACGUUAUGGAUUCAUCGUUACAUACAAAUGGUAUGGAGAUGGGUACAUUUUAGUUGGAUUUGAAACUGGCUAUUUUACAGCGAUAUCUACGCAUAUUAAGGAAGUUGGUCAGGAAUUGUUUCAAGUGAAAAAUCACAGAGAUUCGUUAACAGAUUUGGCAAUAAAUCAAGUAAUAGGAAAAAUUGUUACGUGCGGAGAUAAUACUAUAAAAAUACACAAUUUACAAAAUUUGGAGGAAACUGAGAAAUUGAUCACGAUAAGCGAAGGGGACGGUGGGAUCAGUACGGUGGAAUGGUCGAUGGAUGGUACAAUGCUAGCAGCUGUCACUUGCAGUGGCAACGUUCUAGUUUACCUGAUACAGAUUCCAAAAUUAACUAGCAUUUAUGGAAAUAGAAUUGCCUUGCUUACCAGCUUGACAGAAGUAACAGUUCAUCUCUGUACGUUGGACAAGGAGAAACCGCAACCAAUAAUAAUUAAUACUAUAAUAGAACCGUCGGUGAUAGCGGUAGGUCCGUUGCACGUGGCAGUAGGGCUGAAUAACAGAGCAUUGUUCUGGGAUAUAUCGGACGAUCGUUAUGAUAUUACAGAACACUUUGAAAGAGAUUAUCUAGCCACGAUAGACAGUAUACGAUUAAACGAAGCUUACGUAUCAGUUUUAUUUGAUGGCAAAUUGCAAUUACACUCGAUCAAAGUGGAUCAGGAUAAAUUAACCAAAUAUGGGAAAGAUACAAAAAUGUUUCCCGGCUUGAGCACUACAGACCGCUUUAAAAUAACCUGCCAUGCCCUUGGUAGUGACUUUUUAAUUUACGGUACCGAUAUGGGCCAUGUAAUCUAUUUUAAUCUAGACGUAUUUAAUCAGUCUACCGAAUAUCUGCAUGAGAACGGUAUACAGGAAAUCUAUGCAGACGCAAAUGGAACGCAAUUGUGCUUUGUAGAUAACAAAUUUGACGUUUAUUUGUACAAUCCCGUGUACGAAGUCAUUUUACAAGUUUCCGAUUGCCCGGACUCUGUUCAGGGUGUGAUUUGGGAUCAGAAUAUUUUCGAACGUAACAUAUUUGCCGUUUACAAUAAAAAUGUUAUUACUACGUACAUAUUUGUAAAAUAUUCUAUCGAAGGUGAGAACAUUCUGAAAAUAACCACGAUGAAAUUACCAUCGGAAUCGUUACCGUUGUUGAUGUAUUCUGGAGAAUUGACAUUGUCUUCGGCAAGUAACAGACUGACGCAGAUCACGUUAUCGUCUCACGAAGAUGUAGGAAAUAUCGUGGAUGCCACGAAAACGAAGCAAGUGUUGGAAAAUCAAAUACUUUGCAGGAGAUUUCGACAAGCAUGGACUACGUGCGAAAGAAUUAACGAAAAGGAAUCAUGGUUGAAACUAGGAGAGAGUAGCAUCGCCAGUUUAAACGUUGAUUUCGCCAUUCGAGUGUAUCGCCACUUAGAAGAUGCUUCGAUGGUUUGGGCUUUGGAAAAAAUGGAGAAUAUCGAUGAAUUGCCGUUGUUAUGCGGACACGCGUGCAUCUUGCUCGGUGAUUAUAAUCGGGCAGAAAAAUUUUUCUUACAAUCAUCAGAACCGGUACAAGCCUUAUAUUUAAGGAGAGAUCUAAUGCAAUGGGAGCACGCGUUAAACUUGGCCCACAAAUUAAAGGCUGAUGAAAUUCCUUUCAUCGCUAGAGAAUAUGCUCAACAGUUAGAAUUCACAGGUAAUUAUCCAAAAGCAUUGACAAAUUACGAACGCGGAUUAGUAGACAUCAUAAAGAGUGCAUCCAACAUGCCACCGCCGCAUGUGCAUCGAAAUCUGUGCCUAGCUGGAAUCGCGAGGAUGUCCAUCAGAUGCGGCGAUAGCAGAAAAGGCGUAAACAUAGCUAUGGACAGCGACAGUUCGAGGCAGCUGCGAAGAGAAUGCGCAGAGAUAUUGGAAUCGAUGAAGCAAUUUAACGAGGCUGCGAUACUGUACGAGAAAGCCGAAUAUUUCGACAAAGCAGCUUCCGCGUAUAUAAAAUUGAAGAAUUGGCAGAAAGUUGGACAGCUUCUACCGCAAAUUUCAUCUGCCAAAAUUAACAUACAGUACGCUAAAGCGAAGGAAGCCGAAGGUAAAUACGAGGACGCGGCGAAAGCGUACGAGACUGCGAAGGACUACGAGAACAUAAUACGAAUAAAUCUGGAGCAUCUGAACAAUCCAGCGCGAAGCGUCGAAGUGGUGCAACAAACGAAAAGUGUAGAAGGUGCUAAAAUGGUCGCAAAAUAUUUUCAGAGGAUGAACGAUUAUAAUUCGGCGAUCAAAUUCUUGAUCUUGUCGAAUUGCCACGAGGAAGGAUUUCAAUUGGCUAAUCAACAUGGGAAAAUGGAAUUGUACGGAGAAAUUUUGAUAAACACUAUCGAGGGCGAGGAGAAUGCACGGAGGGAAGACUUUAAAAGUCUCGCGGUCCAUUUCGAAUCGCAGAAAAAUAAUUUUUUAGCUGGGAAGUAUUACUUCCAUGCUAAAGAAUAUCAGAAAGCAUUGCGGCAUUUGUUGAAAGCUGCGCAAUUGGUGUCGGACGAAAACAAAGUUCUUUCGUUGGCGAUCGACACGGUUGCUUCUUCGAAAGAUGACAAGCUAGCAAAUCAGCUGAUUGACUUUUUACUAGGCGGAGACGGACUACCGAAGGAACCGAAAUACCUGUUUCGUUUGUACAUGGCUAGAAAGCAGUACAAGGAAGCAGGGAAAACGGCAAUUAUAAUUGCAAACGAGGAACAAGUUAAUGGUAAUUAUAGAAACGCUCAUGAUGUUCUCUUCGGUAUGUAUCAAGAACUGAAAAGGAAUAAGAUCAACAUACCCUUGGAGAUGCAAAAUAAUUUAAGACUGUUGCAUUCAUACAUUCUCGUCAGGCUUCACGUAAAAAAGAACGAUCACUUGCGCGGUGCUCGUAUGUUGAUAAGAGUGGCGAAUAACAUAUCGAAAUUUCCAUCACAUAUCGUUCCAAUUUUGACGUCCACCGUGAUAGAAUGUCAAAGAGCUGGAUUGAAAUACGCAGCGUUCAAUUUUGCCGCUAUAUUAAUGCGUCCAGAAUAUAGAAAUCAGAUCGACCCUAAAUACAGUAAAAAGAUCGAAGCGAUCGUGAGAAAACCGCCAAAAGCGAAAGACAGCGAACUCGAGGACGAACCGUUGACUCCGUGCCCAUACUGCAAGAGUAAAUUAGCAGAGACCGAAAUCACUUGUGACAAGUGCAAGAACACGAUACCAUUCUGUAUAGCUACAGGUCGGCAUAUCGUUGAAGAUGAUUUUACAGCGUGUCCGCGAUGCGAUUUUCCUUGUAUAAGGACCGAAUUCUUAAGGAUCAUCGAAUCGGAGGGAACGUGUCCGAUGUGUUCCGAAAAAGUAGACGGCAAUAUGGUUUCGUCUACGCUCGACAUCGGCCCUUAUCUGAGUUUCCCAGAAGCAACAAAUUCUCAGUAAAAAUUGCUUUGCUCAUUUAACAAUCAAUCAAGUGAUUUAGUAAGAAUAUGAAAUCGGUGCCGUCCAACAUCAAGUACAACCGACAGUUGCGAGUACAAGUAGUUUGCGUCUUAUAAAAGAUAGCUUUAUAGGAUAUUUAUUAAAUUUGUGCACGAAUUGAAUAAUGCUCACGGAGAGAAUUAUCAUCAACAAUGUCGUCUCAAUAAACUAGACUCAAGCAAUUAUGACUACUGAUUCAAUUUCUCUUGAUUUGUUACUUGUAAAUGGAACGAUACGUAUAAUACUAACAAUCUUGCAAAAUCCUAAUGUCUUAUGCCGCGCUUUUAUUCAGAGCUGUGUCGUACAUGCAUAUUUUUGUUAUAUAAGCUUGGUGUGUCUACACAUAUCCUCUGUCUCGACAUUGAUAAGAAAAAUCGACGGUUAAUGUGGUGUGCGUAAAUUAAAACACAUGUUAUCAAGAUUCCUGCGCGCGCGCGCGCGCACACACACACACACAACAAUUACACACGGAAACGUAUGUACAAAGAUGACAGCAUGGCAUGACUUUGAAAAAUUCAACGUUAACACGCAGUAUUUCUUUCAGCGAUCGUCGAUAAACUAACAUCAUUUCUCUCAAUUUGUGUUCAAUUGAAAAGAAUCGUUUCUCCAAGUCGUAAAUAAAAUUGAUUUUGAAAACAAA